CAGGAGCAGGGAUUGAGUUUCACGCAGGAACAGGUUGGGGGACAGACCCAGCACUGCCCACUGGCCGGGAAAGAAAGCACUUUCCAGCAGGAUGGACGUCAACAAGGGCCUCCCAGCCACUGACAGCCACAGGGGCCUCCACGUAUGGAUCAUCGAGAACCUGAGGAUGGCGCCAGUCCCCGAGAAGGCUUAUGGGAACUUCUUCGAGGAGCACUGCUACAUCGUCCUCCAUGUUCCCCAGAGCCUCAAGGCCACGCAGGGGGCGUGCAGCGACCUGCACUACUGGGCUGGGAAGGAGGCGGGCGCCGAGGCGCAGGACGCGGCCGAAGCCUUCGUGCAGCAGCUGCAGGAGACGCUGGGUGGCGCCACCGUGCAGCACCGGGAGGCGCAGGGCCACGAGUCCGACUGUUUCCGCAGCUACUUCCGCUCGGGAAUCAUCUACAGGAGAGGGGGCCUGGCCUCUGCCCUCACGCACGUGGAGACCAACCUGUACAACAUCCAGCGACUGCUGCACAUCCGGGGGAGGAAGCACGUGUCGGCCGCCGAGGUGGAGCUCUCUUGGAGCAGCUUUAAUAAGGGGGACAUCUUCCUGCUGGACCUGGGCAAGGUGAUGAUCCAGUGGAAUGGGCCCGAGACCAGCAUUCCUGAGAAGGCACGGGGCCUGGCCCUGACCUGCAGCCUCCGGGACAGGGAGCGCGGUGGUCGCGCACAGAUCGGCGUGGUGGAUGAUGAAGUUGAAGCCACUGACCUCGUGCGGAUCAUGGAAGCCGUGCUGGGCUGCAGAGUGGGCAACCUGCCUGCCACCAGGCCCGACAAGAGUGUUAACCAGCUGCAGAAAGCCAGCGUCCGUCUCUACCAUGUCUGUGAAAAGGAUGAGGACUUGGUGAUCCAGGAGUUGGCGACCUGCCCACUAACCCAAGACCUACUGCGGGAAGAGGACUACUAUAUCCUGGACCAGGGUGGUUUCAAGAUCUACGUGUGGCAGGGACGCCUGUCCAGCCUCCAAGAGAAAAAGGCCGCCUUCAGCCGGGCUCUGCGCUUCAUCCAGGCCAAAGGCUACCCGACCUACACCAACGUGGAGGUGGUGAACGACGGCGCCGAGUCGGCCUCGUUUAGACAGCUCUUCCAGUCUUGGUCUACCAAGCAGCGCGGGAACAAGAACUUCGGCAGGCCAAGUAAAUCGAUUCAGGUAAGGCCGGAUGUGGGCAAGCUGCGGAGUCAGCCUGAGCUAGCUGCCCAGCUCAGGAUGGUGGACGACGCUUCCGGGAAGGUGGAGGUGUGGUGCAUCCGGGACUUAGGCAGACAGCCCGUGGACCCCGAGCGCCAUGCACAGCUGUGUGCAGGCAACUGCUACCUCGUCCUCUACACCUACCAGAGGAUGGGCCACGUCCAGCAUAUCCUGUACCUGUGGCGGGGCCACCGCGCCACCACGCGUGAUGUCAAAGCCCUGAACUGCAAUGCCGAGGAGCUGGACCUCAUGUACCGGGGAGCCCUGGUGCAGGAGCACGUGACCAUGGGCAGCGAGCCCCCUCACUUCCUCGCCAUCUUCCAGGGCCAGCUGGUGGUCUUCCAGGGGCACACGGGGCAUGAUGGGAAGGAGCAGCCAGCACCCGCCACCAGGCUCUUCCACGUGCAAGGCACCGACAGCUGCAACACCAGGACCGUGGAGGUACCAGCCCGCGCCUCAGCCCUCAACUCCCAUGACAUCUUCUUGCUGGUCACAGCUAGCGUCUGCUACCUCUGGUUUGGAAAGGGCUGCAGCGGUGACCAGCGAGAGAUGGCACGGACGGCGGUCUCUGCCGUCUCUGGGGAGAACAAGGAAACGGUGCUGGAGGGUCAGGAGCCUCCCGGCUUCUGGGAGGCCCUGGGAGGCCCGGCUCCCUACCCCGGCAACAAGAGGCUCCCCGAGGACGUCUCCGGCUUCCAGCCCCGACUGUUUGAGUGCUCCAGCCACAUGGGCCACCUGGUCCUCACGGAAAUGGUGUUCUUUAGUCAAGAGGACCUGGACAAGUAUGACAUCAUGUUACUGGACACCUGGCAGGAGAUCUUCCUGUGGCUCGGGGAAGCUGCCAGCAAGUGGAAGAAGGAGGCGGCGGACUGGGGCCAGGAGUACCUGAAGACCCACCCGGCAGGGAGGAGCCCCGCCACGCCUGUCGUGGUGAUCAAGCAGGGCCAUGAGCCCCCCACCUUCACUGGAUGGUUCCUCGCUUGGGACCCCUACAAGUGGACUAACGACCAGUCCUACAAGGAGGUGGUGGAUGGCAGCCUGGGAGCAAUGCCAGCCAUAUGUGAGAUAACAGCCGUGAGUACUGGGUUCUCCCGCCCUGCCCCGCCCCCCUCCCGGCUCCCACCAGGGUCUCGGCUUGGUCGGCAGGAUCCAGAUGGGCAGAACGGACAAGAAAGGAGCCAGGCCCUGGUGGACGGCAGGGUUUGCAGUGGGGGCAAGAGGCCCAGUGGGCUCAGUGUGGCCUCCCCAUGGGAGCCUCUCCUCCAUACGCCCAGCCUGAGUCCCCUCUCUGAGCAGGAACUCAACGACUUCCAGCUGUCUAGAGGGCCAAGCAAUGGCGGGGCAGACCCUCUGACCCUGCAGACCCUCAAGGGCUCCCAGGACGGCUCAGGGAAUGAGCGGCAGCCAGGACCCAAGGCAGGUGACGCCAGCACCAACAGCCACCACAGCAGCCCCAGACCCACCAUCAGUGGGAGCCUGCCCCGCCAACGGCUAAUGCAUCAGGCUGUUGAGGAUCUGCCAGAGGGUGUGGACCCGGCCCGCAAGGAGUUCUAUCUCUCAGACUCUGACUUCCAAGAGAUCUUUGGGAAGUCCAAGGAAGAAUUCUAUAGCAUGGCCAAGUGGAGGCAGCAGCAGGAGAAGAAGCAGCUUGGCUUGUUCUGAACCCAGGCCCUGCCCGUGUCGGUGCCACUAACGUAGCCAGGACCCCCAGGGGUGCCUUCCCAGCACGCACCUGAGCCCCCGGGGACACCCCGCUGGCAUUCCCCCGUCAAUAAAAGUCCGUGGCCCUCA